AUGUUUAUUUUGAAUCUGAUUUUAAUUUUGUUUUUUACUUCAAUGUAUGCUCACAACGAGCCCAAUGAUGUCUCUACAUUUAAUUUCAAAAUGAAAUUUUAUAAUGAACCAAACCAAGAUGGCCGCCGGCGAAUGUAUCCAAAAGACCCGUUACGUAUACGCAACGAUUAUUCGGUGAAUAUACAGAAACCUGACGGUCUUAGAAUACGAGGGGGGAAUGUGUCGGACACAAAAAAUUAUCCGUAUAUGGCUGCUAUUAUAAUCAAUGGAAGGCUGUGGUGCGCUGGUGUCAUUGUUGAUGAGAAUUGGGUAUUGACUGCAGCACAUUGUUUGAAUUAUGUCCUCCACGUCUCUCCGAUGAAGACGCUCGGCAGAUACGUAAAAGUCCGGGUGGGUAGUGCCCGGCCUCACGAAGGCGGUGUAUUAAUGGACGUGGCUGGAGCUGUCAGACAUCCAAAGUUUGAGGAAGAACCUGUUCCCCACGCGGAUAUAGCACUGCUUAAACUCUCUGAGAAUCUUGUGUUCGGCUCCGAUAUAAAUCUAAUCAAGAUCUACGAAGGUAUGAAAGAGCCGUAUUCACAAAGUUUCGUCGUUGUCACCGGCUGGGGAGCCGUAAGAGGAGGAGAUACAGCAUUCCGUGAUCACACGCCAGAUCUCCUAACAGCACGACUUAAAGUGCGUACGCGCCACUAUUGCAGAGACGCAUAUCAGCUAGUAAAUGGCUUCCAAUUCACACCAGACUUCUUCUGCGCUUCUUUAAGGAAUGGAACUAGAGAUGCUUGCUUGUUCGACGCUGGUGCCCCAGGAGUACAGCACAAUAAGCUGAUGGGAGUGAUGAGUUUUGGACCAGAGCGAUGCGGACAUGAGUAUCAGCCAGCCGUAUUUGUCAAAGCAUUUUAUUUCAGGGACUUCGUGAAACAUACAAUAUCGUCAUACAAGUCAACAGCUGAUCUAAUAGAGGCUAUAAGAGAUAUAGAUCCGUCAAUAAUCCCCCCAGUUCACGUGAAAAGUGACGAGAUAGCCCCAUAUGGACAUAUGGACGAAGUCACUAAACCAGAUGACAGACAUGAUUAA